AUGGGCACCCGGCAGACCAAGGGCAGCCUGGCGGAGCGAGCCAGCCCCGGCGCGGCGCCCGGCCCCCGCCGCGAGCGGCCCGACUUCUGGGCGUCGCUGCUGCUGCGCGCCGGGGAUAAGGCGGGGCGCGCGGGCGCCGGCGCGGGGCUGCCCCCCUACCACCGGCGCGUCGGCAUGGUCCAGGAGCUGCUGCGGAUGGUGCGCCAGGGCCGGCGGGAGGAGGCGGGGACGCUGCUGCAGCACCUGCGCCAGGACCUAGGCAUGGAGUCGACCUCGCUGGACGACGUCCUGUACCGCUACGCCAGCUUCAGGAACCUGGUGGACCCCAUCACACACGACCUCAUCAUCAGCCUGGCACGCUACAUCCACUGUCCCAAGCCGGAGGGCGACGCGCUGGGCGCCAUGGAGAAGCUGUGCCGGCAGCUGACCUACCACCUCAGCCCCCAUUCCCAGUGGAGGCGCCAUCGCGGGCUGGUGAAGAGGAAGCCACAGGCCUGCCUCAAGGCAGUCCUGGCCGGGAGCCCCCCGGACAACACCGUGGACCUGUCGGGCAUCCCGCUGAGCCCCCGCGACCUGGAGCGCGUGGCCGGCUACCUGCGGCGCUGCGGGGAGCAGGUGGGCAGCGUGGAGCUGGGCUUCACGGGCCUCACGGACGACAUGGCCCUGCAGCUGCUGCCGGCUCUCGGCGCGCUGCCCCGGCUGACCACGCUGGCCCUCAACGGCAACCGGCUGACGCGGGCCCUGCUGCGCGACCUCACCGACGCCCUGAAGGACCCCGGUCAGUUCCCCAGCGUCACGUGGAUCGACCUGGGCAACAACGUGGACAUCUUCGCGCUGCCCCAGCCCUUCCUGCUCGGCCUGCGCAAGCGCUCCCCCAAGCAGGGCCACCUGCCCACCAUCCUGGAGCUGGGCGAGGGCCCGGGCAGUGGGGACGAGGCCCGGGACGAGGCUGUGGACCGGGAGGACCCUGGAGGGGACCGGGAGGGCAGGGAGACUACAGGCGCACCUCAGACGUGACAGGGAGGUGGGGGCCUCCCCAGGGAGUCCCGCGGGGGUAGGACGGCUGAGGCAGGGCGGGCGUCCCCAGCGGGGUCGCAGGCCGCCAUCCGGAAUGGGCCUGGCAGCACCUCCCCCCGACCCAGGAAGCCAGAUGGUAGCAUCUAGGGAAGGAGGACUGUAAUUCCUCUCUGGUCCUCUCCAUCACCCCCUUGUCAAUCCACAUCUGCCUCUCGGCUCCUGAGCAGUCAUCCCCGGCUCAAGAGGAACCAACCCUCAGCCUCCCAACUUGUGGGUGCCGUGUAGGGGCUGGGGGUGCUGGAAGCUGGAGUUAAUGUGAACGGUCAGCGCUUCCCCGCCACCCCCAGAAAAGGAAGUGUAGUGGGGGCUCUGCAUCUAACCCGGGAUUUUCCGGUCCUGAAUUACAAAUACCCAGAUGCUGGGUGUGCCCCUGAUCCAGGCAGGUCAGAAUCUCCAGCUCCCGGCUGGAGGCUGGGGUAGGGGACUGGCUGCUGGAGACCCCAGGAGCCUCAUCCCCAUCUGGACUGAGGGGUGUCUGCCUCCUCCUUGUGGCGCCCAGGCCCCUUGGGGCCAACUUCCCGGUCUCAGCCUCCAUAUACAAAGCUCACCCUUCAGCCUGUGACCCCAGAGGCCUAGCCACGGGACCAGCCACCCCCCCCAUACCCUUCAAUAUUUAGGACAUCCUAGAAGUGUGGGGCAGACAGUGCGUGCCACUCAGAAACCGCACAGCAUCUCCGCAGAAUAGUGGAACUCCACAUGCGUCAGGGUUCCUAGGGUACAGGCCAGAGUGAGCCUUGCUUCCUUUUAAAAGGACCCUUUUCCCGCAAAACCCCUCCCCAUGGAGUCC